AUGGCCUCUGAUUUAAAGAUAGUGUGUUUUCGUCAUUGUUGUUCGAAAAGCGUCUUCUGUAAAAGUGUUCCCAAAGUAUGCCCAAUUUGUCAAUUAUGUAUCGCAGAUUAUAAAACAAUGCCUUUUCUGGUUCCAUAUCCAUAUACAAAUGCAGCAUAUGAGCCAAAUUCUAUAGUUGUAAGGCCAGCUUAUGGCAAUUUUUUAAAUAAUUAUCAUAUUGUAAAUGACUUGCACAUAGGAAUAACAAACUCAGAAGGAAUUGUUUUUGAAUAUGACAAAAAGGGUUUAAUAUUAAAUGACAAUACAAAAUGGAUGAAUUGUAUCGCAGUAAACAUAAUUCCUUCAUCUUGGGACUGUUAUUGGAAUAAAACACUAAAACUGAUGUUAAAAGAUUCAAAAUGGAAAUCUGAAAAUUAUGAUGAAAUUUUAAUGAAUUGUUUUAACUUUGUUAUAGAGUUUAUAAAUAACUUAAAAUAUAUGGAUGUGAAUUUUAUAAAUAAAGAAACUAUAUGUGAAAAGUUGAUAUUACCCAAACUGAAAGAUGCACUUACAUAUAAUUCCUUAGUCAUGAAGUUAAAAAGUACUGAAUUUCUUAUAUCUUAG